UUGCAUCAUAUCUUAUAUCAUGAAAUAGAUGUCAAUAGAAAUUUUGUUGCUAGGAGACAAUAUUGUUUGAUCUAAAUCCGUUUCCUAUAAUCCUACCUACAUCUUCGCAUAUAAUUUCAUAUGUACAAUAUUUGAACAAAAUGUUCAAUGUAUAAUUUGAACUUAGGAUUGAAAAAAAGAUAUCGGGCAUCGGGAUGGUGAAUGAAAAAGAAUUUUGGACAGAAGUUCGGAAAGAUAUACCGCGAUACAAAAAGAGAAAGCCACGAGUAGUACCUGCCUUCACUAUUCAGGCAUUGCAGGAAAACACGAUCGUCGCGAAACCGCCGCGAUGUAGACUAUAUAAACCUCGUCUACCGAAACCAUCGACUUUCAGGAAAUUUUACAAGCGUGGUUUACUCCCUAUCUCUUUGGAGAACAACGGUUACGAUCAGAAAAUUAAUUGGAAAGUGGACAUAGAAGAUUUAGAUUUCCAUCAUUAUUUGCCAAUGUUUUUCGAUGGAUUAACGGAAACGGAACAACCAUACAAAUUUCUGGCAGAGCAAGGAAUAUCAGAUAUGUUAGAACAUGGUGGACCAAAGAUAUUGCCCGUUGUUCCUCAAUUGAUUAUUCCUAUUAAAAACGCUUUAAAUACAAGAAUGCCCGAGAUAAUUUGCACCACGAUGAAAACACUUCAACGUUUAGUGCGAUCAGCCGAUUGCGUUGGUGAAGCUUUAGUUCCAUAUUUUAGGCAAAUCUUGCCUAUUCCAAAUUUACUUAAAGACAGAAAUGUAAACCUUGGUGAAGGUAUCGAUUAUUCUCAGCAAAGAGGAGAGAACGCUGCUGACAUUAUAGAGGAGACACUUGAAAUCUUAGAAAGAUAUGGUGGCGAAGAUGCUUUCAUAAAUAUUAAAUACAUGGUUCCCACCUACGAAUCUUGUUUGAUGAAUUAAUAGAGGCAGAAAAUUACACU